GUCUUGAACUCCUGACCUCAGGUGAUCUGCCCCACCUUGGCCUCCCAAAGUGCUGGGAUUACAGACUUGAGCCAUUGUACCCAGCCUGUCUUUAUUUUUCUAUAAUCAUACUUUUUUCUUUUAAAAUUUUUAUUGAUAUAUAAUUGUUUAUAUUUUGGGAGUACAUAUGAUGAUCUGAUACCUAUAUACAAUGUAUAAUAAUCAAAUUAGGGUGAUUAGGGUAUCCAUCAACGCAAACAUUUAUCCUUUCUUUGUGUUGGGAACAUUUCAAGUAAUCUUUUCUUGCUAUUUAAAAAUAUAUAAUAAAUUGUUAGCUAUAAUUUACCUACUGUACUAUCAAAUACUAAAUCAUUUAUUUUAUCUAACUGUACUUUUGUACCCCUUAACCAACUUCUUUUCAUCUCUUCCUCCUCCCUUCCCUUCCCUUCCUAGCCUCUGGUGACUACCAAUCUACUUUCUACCUCCAUGAGAUAAAUAUUUUUUUAGCUCCCAGAUAUGAGUAAGAACAUUUGAUAUUUGUUUUUCUGUGCCUGGAUUAUUUCACUUAUAAUGACCUCCAGUUCCAUUCAUGUUGCUGAAAAUGACAGAUUUCUUUUUUAUGGCUGAAUAAUAUUCCAUUGUGUGUAUAGACCACAUGUUCUUUAUCCAUUUAUAUGUUGACAAAUACUUAGGUCGAUUCUAUAUCUUGGGUAUUACAAAUAGUGCUGUAAUAAACGUGGGAGUGCAGAUAUCUCUUCAAUUUACUGAUUUCCCUUCUUUUGGAUAUAUCCUCAGCAAUGGAAUUGCUGGAUCAUACGGGAGUCCUAUUUUUAGUUUUUUGAGGAACUUCUAUACUGUUUUCCAUAAUAUCUCUACUACUUUACAUUUUCACAGUGUACAAGUCUUCCUGUUUCUCCACAACCUUUCCAGAAUUUGUUAUCUUUUGUUUUUUUUUUUCGAUAAUAACCAUUCUAACUCAGGUAAGAUGAUAUCUUAUUGUGGUUUUGAUUUGCAUUUCCCUGAUGAUUUGUGGUGUUGAGCAUUUCUUCAUAUAGCUAUUAGCAAUUUGUGUAUCUUUUCUGAGAAAUAUCUGUUCAGGUCUUUUGCUCAUUUUAAAAUCAGAUUAUUUGUUUUUUUGGUAUUGAGUUGUUUUAGUUCUUUAUAUAUCCCAGUUCUUAAUCCCUUGUCAGAUGGAUAGUUUGCAAACAUUUUCUCCCAUUCUGUGAGUUGUUUCCUCACUUUAUUGAGUGUUUCCUUUGCUGUGUAGAAGCUUUUUAGCUUGAUGUAAUCCCAUUUGUCUGUUUUUGCUUUGGUUGCCUGUGUCUUUGGGGUCUUACCCCCCAAAAAUCUUUGCCCAGACUAAUAUCCUAGAGCAUUUCUAUAAUGUUUUCCUUGAGUAGUUUUAUAGUUUCAGGUCUUACAUUUAAAUCUUUUUUUGUUUGUUAGUUUGUUGGGUUUUUUUUUUUUUUUUUUUUUUGAGACAGAGUCUUUUUCUGCCACCCAGGCUGGAGUGCAGUGGUGCGAUCUCAGCUCACUGCAACCUCUGCCUCCUGGAUUCAAGCAAUUCUCCAGCCUCAGCCUCUAGAGUAGCUGGGAUUACAGGUGUGCACCACCACACCCAGCUUAUUUUUGUAUUUGUAGUAGAGACAGGGUUUCACCAUGUUGGCCAGGCUGGUUGCGAACUCCUGACCUUGUGAUCUGCUCACCUCGGCCUCCCAAAGUGCUGGGAUUCCAGGUGUGAGCCACCGUGCCCGGCCACAUUUAAAUCUUUAAUCCACUUUGGGUUGAUUUUUGUAUAUGAUGAAAGACAGAGAUCUAGUUUUAUUCUUCCGUAUAUGGAUAUGCAGUUUCUCAGUGCCAUUUAUUAAGAGAUUGUCCUUUCCUCAGUGUAAGUUCUUGGCAUCUGGUUUCUCUGGGUUCUCUACUCUGUUCCAUUGGUCUGUUAUAAUAAUUGAUAUUUUAGGUUCCCAUUCACAUAGAUGUCAAAAAUUUAAUUGCGGCUAAUUCAGGAUUCACAUUUUACCUUUAGGCUUGUGCCUAACCUUAAUUAACAGUCCCAAUGCAUUGGGAAGGUCCCUUAUGAUCCCUGAUGUCAUCUAUCCUCACAGGCAUCCUCUAAAAUGUCAGUCCCUCUGUCUGGUCCUCAUUUGUGAUUCUGUGCAGCCUGCAAUGGAGACAUCCUUAUUCCUAUCCACAUGGCUCUUCAGGCAUGACAGCUUUUUCUGAUACUUCUGUGCUUCCCUUGGCCUCAGGAGUUAUUUUCCUCUUCCCAAGAUGUGCCUUCUUCUGUAGAGUCCCUUUGCUUCCUUGUAGCUCUAGCCAAGAAACAGGACCAUUUGAUUUUGGAUCCUGUAAUAUAUCUAGGGGAUCUCAGGGAUCAAGUGAAGAACUGACUAUAACUACAGUUUUCAGUUUUCCCAUUUAAUUCUCAUCUUACCCUCAUAGGGUGGGAAGGGCUGGCUUGUACUCAAGAAGCAACCUCUCAAACCCCUUGUCUAUGCUACACGUCUCUUGAUAGUCUUUCUGUUGGCACAAAAUGGGGUGAAGGCUAAGCUGGAGAGAGGAAGGGGAAACUAGAAAAAAAUUAGUUUUUUUUUUUUUUUUUUUGAGAUGGAGUGUCAUUCCGUUGCCCAGGUUGGAGUGCAGUGGAGUGAUCUCGGCUCACUGCAACCUCUGCCUCCCAGGUUCAAGUAAUUCUCCUGCCUCAGCCUCCCAAGUAGCUGAGAUUACAGACAUGCACCACCACACCUGGCUAAUUUUUGUAUUUCUAGUAGAGAUGGGGUUUCACUGUGUUGGCCAGGUUGGUCUCGAACUCCAAACCUCAGGUGAUCCACCCACCUUGACCUCCCAAAGUGCUGGGAUUACACGUGUGAGCCACCAUGGCCAAAAAUUAGUAUUUGAAAAAUAUUAUCCUGCAUCAUAAGUAAGUUGAAUAUGAAGCCAUGGGAACUGAGAGAACAGGUUGUUUCUGAAGAGAAAUUAUCCCAAGAAAAGAAGGAAAAAGUGAGAAAGAAUUAAGAGAUGGAUUGGGAACAUUAUUUUAUUAGAAAAUCAGUGACCAUUCCUACUUUUAUGACCCAUGUCUCACCAGUGUUUGCUUGAUGGGAAUUUUUAGGGAUGAGGUACAUUGCUAUCUUACUAUUUUAUAUGUGAAUAACGGGUGUGCCUGAUUUCUAGCACAUUAAUGGAUUUUAUAAGUCAAUAAAUUAUAGGCACUCAAUGAUUUUUAUUAAAUGAGUGAAUGAUAAAAAGCAGUGGACAUAACUGGAUAUAUUAAAGCAGGAGCUAUAUGAGCAGGAGGAGUUUCAUAAGAUCAAGAUUAAAAAUUAAUUUGAUAUAUAUAUUUUUUGCUUAAGUGGUGUUUACUAGUCUUAGGGACCAGUACAUAUACAUUAGAGAAUGUAUUCAUUAAGAAGUCUCAGCCAGGCACUUAAUUGUUGACACAGGAAAAAAAAAAGCCAACAAACCAACUCCGCAGAGCUGUGUUAAAAAUACUGGACUUUCAUCCCUUGAUUGGAGGUAUUACUACAGCGUCAAGCUGACCUGCAAUAUGGAUCAUUGAGAUCAAAGGCUAUAAAUUACAAUGUUUGCCUUUAAAGAAGUCAAUUCAACCGUGAAUGUCAUAGUUAGCUACUUUCAACUGGAAGCUACAACAUGGAUUUAUGGAAUCUGUCUUGGUUUCUGUUCUUGGAUGCUCUUCUCGUGAUUUCUGGCUUGCCAACUCCAGAAAACUUUGACGUAGAUGGCGGAAUGGACCAGGACAUAUUUGAUAUCAAUGAAGGUUUGGGACUGGAUCUUUUUGAGGGUGACAUCAGACUUGAUAGGGCACAAAUUAGAAAUUCCAUCAUUGGAGAAAUGUAUAGAUGGCCUCAUACCAUUCCAUAUGUUCUAGAAGAUAGCUUGGAAAUGAAUGCUAAGGGAGUUAUCCUCAAUGCAUUUGAACGUUAUCGCCUAAAAACAUGUAUUGACUUUAAGCCUUGGGCUGGAGAAACAAACUAUAUAUCAGUGUUCAAGGGCAGUGGCUGCUGGUCUUCAGUAGGAAAUAGGCAGGUUGGGAAGCAAGAACUUUCCAUCGGGGCAAACUGUGACCGAAUAGCAACGGUUCAACACGAGUUCCUCCAUGCUCUGGGAUUCUGGCAUGAGCAGUCGCGUUCUGACCGGGAUGACUAUGUCAGGAUAAUGUGGGACAGAAUUCUGUCAGGCAGAGAGCACAAUUUUAACACCUAUAGUGAUGACAUAUCAGAUUCCCUGAAUGUUCCCUAUGAUUACACUUCAGUAAUGCACUACAGUAAAACUGCAUUCCAAAACGGAACGGAGCCGACAAUUGUCACAAGAAUCUCAGACUUUGAGGAUGUGAUCGGCCAACGAAUGGAUUUCAGUGACUCUGAUCUCCUAAAGUUGAAUCAACUGUAUAACUGCUCCUCUUCCUUGAGUUUUAUGGACUCAUGCAGUUUUGAACUGGAAAAUGUAUGUGGCAUGAUCCAAAGUUCAGGAGAUAAUGCUGACUGGCAACGGGUUUCACAGGUUCCCAGGGGGCCAGAGAAUGAUCACUCCAACAUGGGCCAGUGCCAAGAUUCUGGUUUCUUCAUGCAUUUCGAUAGCAGCUCUGUAAAUGUGGGAGCCACAGCAGUGCUGGAAAGUAGAACGCUGUACCCUAAAAGAGGAUUUCAGUGCUUGCAAUUUUACUUAUAUAACAGUGGCAGUGAAAGUGAUCAACUGAACAUCUACAUCAGGGAGUAUUCUGCAGACAAUGUGGAUGGCAAUUUAACCCUUGUGGAAGAAAUAAAAGAAAUACCCACUGGGAGCUGGCAACUUUAUCACGUAACAUUGAAAGUGACCAAGAAGUUUCGAGUGGUGUUUGAAGGACGCAAAGGCUCUGGUGCAUCACUGGGUGGUCUGUCUAUUGAUGACAUCAAUCUUUCGGAAACACGGUGCCCUCAUCAUAUCUGGCAUAUAAGGAAUUUCACACAGUUCAUUGGCAGCCCAAAUGGAACUCUGUAUAGCCCUCCAUUUUACUCUUCUAAAGGUUAUGCCUUUCAGAUUUACUUAAAUCUAACCCAUGUGACUAAUGCAGGGAUAUAUUUCCACUUGAUCUCUGGAGCCAAUGAUGAUCAAUUACAGUGGCCAUGUCCUUGGCAACAAGCCACAAUGACACUUUUGGAUCAAAAUCCUGACAUUCGACAGCGUAUGUCCAAUCAGCGGAGUAUAACUACAGACCCAUUUAUGACCACUGAUAAUGGAAACUAUUUUUGGGACAGGCCUUCCAAAGUGGGAGCAGUGGCUUUUUUCCCUAAUGGAACUCAGUUUAGAAGAGGUGGGGGCUAUGGAACCAGUGCCUUUAUAACCCACGAGAGGCUGAAAAGCAGAGAUUUUAUAAAAGGAGAUGAUGUUUAUAUCCUACUGACAGUGGAAGACAUAUCUCACCUCAACUCUACACAAAUCCAGCUAACACCAACCCCUAGUGUUCAAGACCUCUGCUCAAAAACUACCUGUGAAAAUGAUGGUGUCUGCACUGUUCGAGAUGGCAAAGCUGAGUGCAGGUGCCAGUCAGGGGAAGACUGGUGGUACAUGGGAGAAAGGUGUGAAAAGAGAGGCUCCACCCGAGACACCAUAGUCAUUGCUGUUUCAUCUACUGUUGCUGUGUUCGCCUUGAUGCUGAUCAUCACUCUUGUCAGUGUCUAUUGCACCAGGAAGAAAUAUCGUGAAAGGAUGAGCUCAAAUAGACCAAAAUUGACUCCGCAAAAUCAGCAUGCUUUUUGAAGAUUAACUCGACAAUAUGGCCAGCAAUUGAAAUUAAAAAGGAUUCUUCAUCAUGGAUUUCGCCUAAGUGAUAUUACAGCCACCUCAUUCUUCUAAAAAUGGAUCUUUUUCUGUAAAUAGCUGGAAAUACUAUAAAUCACUAUUUUGGUCAAAGUCAAAUUGGUGAAAUGCUGUUUGUGUU